ACAGCCACGCUCGCCUACUCGGAGAAGCCGACAAGCCCCAUCACCGCGCCCCCCUACAGCCCCCCCUCCUACACCUACCCCCCCGAGAACAGCUACUACCCUGCUGGGACCUAUGGCAGCCAGGGGGGAGUGACCGGGGACCAUCCUGACCGGGCACUCAGCCCCAGCCUGCCGGAGGAGAAGCCACGGGAGCAGCCCUCCAAGGCCCCUGCUCGCCGUGGCCGCCGGCGCCGCCACAACCCUGAGCUGGAUGAGUCACAGUACGAGACCGACUACACCACGGCUGUGGAGUCUGGCGACGAGCGUGACCAGGACCAGUGGGCCAGCCUGUACCCCCCCAUCACCUCGGAUGCCACACGGCAGCAGUACAAGCAGGAGUUCGACACGGACCUGAAGCGCUACAAGCAGCUCUGCGCUGAGAUGGAUGGUGUCAACGACCGCCUCAACCAGCUCAGCAAGCGGCUCGACAGCAUCUCCGAGGACAGUCCCCAGUAUCAGGACGUGGCAGAGGAGUACAACAGGUUGAAGGACCACAAACGGAGCCCUGAAUACCAGAGCAAGAAGCUGGAGACCAAGACCCUGCGCAACAAACUCUUCCACAUCAAGCGGAUGGUGAGCAACUACGACAAGGUGCGGGGGUAA